AUUAUAUUAUAUUAACGAUGGCUGGAUAUUUUCUGGACAGGCCCUAAGUCUCCAGUGAAUUAGGGUUGGGGCCCCCUUGCUCACAACUUUCUCGUUGACCAUCAUCUGUAAGUCCCUCUCAAGGGUUCAAAAAGCGUCUUUCCUGGCAACAAGAAUCAGAUUUUGAUGCUUGUGCCCUUCACAGCCUGCAGAAGAUUCAUAACCCCAGCAGGCGAGUCAGCAGUGAAACUGUAGACUCAGCACAUUUUAGCCAAAACCACAAUUGCCUUCGUUUCCAGUCUGUGACACCAGAGUCCAUGAGUUUCUAUCGGCAAACCUGAUUUGUCCUUUUCUGGGCAGGAACUGCCUAUAGCAAGGAUUUGUAAAUGCUGUUUAUGUUUCAGGGACCGUCUGAGGUCUGGUGUCUUCCUCAAAGCCUGCUCAGCCUGAUGAACAGGGCCACUGCUGAGCGUUUGGGGUCUUCCUCUCUGUGUCUCGCCUGGGUGCAGAGUCAUACGCUGCAUUAUUUAGGGACUUAACUCCUGGCAGUGUGUGUCUGUCUCCCUGUAUGUUGUAUGCCUGGACAGCAAGGGCAGUGUCUUACACAUCCUGGAUCUAGUUCAUUCAUUCAUUCACUCAGUCAUUCAUCCAGUGAAUACUUAGCCUACCUCGGGCCAGGUCCGGUUCUACUCUUGAGGACAUAUUGGCGAACACAACAAAUGGGGUCUUUUUUCCUCAUGUGGAAUCCUUGGGGGUAAUGAACAUUAAACUCAUAACCACAAAUGGAAAAAUACCACAAUGGGAAUACAAAUAUAGACUUACAUGCCAUGAUAAAUGUGAGAGAGAAGGCAAAGGAAUACGGUACCCUUACAGAGAGCAGUGGGUGGCCUUAUUUAUAUUUUGGAUCAGAAAAGGCUUCCAAAGUGGUGAUGUUUAAGCUGAACCCCAAAGACACAUGGCAUUCCCUGUACACACAGCAGGAACUAAGAAGUAUUUCUCGCCUUGAGAAAUGUUCAGCCAUCUCUAAGGUCACGUAUGGUAUGACCUCCUAACUUCAGAGAAUCCUGCUGGCAGUGUGUUCCAGUGCAGUCCGUCCCUCCCCUCACUUGCCGCCAGCCUCCCAACAUGCCUCCUGGUGCUCCCCAACUCUAACAACCCAAGGCAACCCCUGCUGUGCCAUCUCCAGCGGCAGUGGAAUUGAAGUGGUAGAUCUCAGGCUACAUGCAGAAUUAGGACAAAAGUUGUUUUCAAGAAUAUAUUUACGAAGCAUUUCAGCAGCCUGUAGCACACUGGUCCUAAAGAUACCACCCUUGAUAGCUAUCGCGUUGCAAAGUGAAAAGCACGUGGCCUUUGGGAUUCGGCCUUCUGGGUCGGAACCCCAACCCUGUGACCUCAAAUAGACAGGGUCCUAGUCUCAUUCCCAUCUGUGAAAGGGGAGGGCAAGCUCGCCUUAAACUCACAAGGUGAGUUUAAACUGUGAGCAUUAAUGGAACCCAACAGGCAGAGUGGGCAGUCACUAAACAUUCAUCCUCAUCUCCUGCCCUCCCUUUCUCCCCAACUUUCUGAGCCCUAGUUUCUCCUGAGUUCCCUAGUUCUCCCGUCUGCCCCAUGAUCACAUGAAGGCCAGCAUCUCUCCCUCAAAACCAGCUCAGAGGUUCUGAAUCUGCUUCAGCUAAGAGACGUGUGGGCUCCCGGGGCCCAACUGCAUGGAGGAGGUAAGCACAGACACUCCCAGCUCAAGAAAGGCAGAUCCGAAAGGUCGGAGCGCGCUGUUGGCUGAUAUCCAGCAAGGGACUCGCCUGCGCAAAGUGACGCAGAUCAAUGACCGCAGUGCCCCGCAGAUCGAGGGUUCUAAGGGAACCAGCAAAGAAGGAGGAGGGUCUACGAACUCACGAGCGGUGAGCACGCCCCCAGCCCUGGGAGAUCUGUUUGCUGGUGGCUUUCCUGUGUUGCGCCCAGCAGGCCAGAGGGAUGCAGCAGGUACCAAGACAGGGCAGGGCCCUGGCUCCCGAGCGCCUUCUCCCAGACUUCCCACCAAAUCCAUCAGCGGCCCGCUUAACCCCCCUGCCUCUCCCAGGCUAGGCAAUGCCUCCGAGACGCAUGGCGCCGCCAGGACAGUCCCUCCUCGUCCCAACGUGCCCGCCCCGCCACCUCCCACUCUGCCCCCACCUCCCCCGCCCUUACCCCCACCCCUGCCCUCGUCCUCCCCGGUCAAAGUUCCGCUGGUGUCCCCGUCUGGCCCACCGACCAAAGGGAACCCCCCGGUGGUCGCACCCCCUGUCCCCUGCGCGCCUCCGCCUCCUCCACCGCCACCUCCCCCGACCCCACCUCCACUGCCGCCUGCCUCCGUUGUCGGCGACAAGGCGGCAAAGCCUCAGCUAGCCCCCUUGCACCUGCCGCCCAUCCCGCCCCCGCUCCCUCUCCUCCCGCCCUGUGGGUACCCCGGGCUCAGCGCGGAGCCCGCCAGCCCCGCCCAAGACGGGCCGGAGCCGCCCGCCCCGCCGCCCCCGCCGCCCCUCUACGCCUCGUGCUCCCCGAGGGCCGCGGUGCCCGCGCCGCCCUUGCCGGGCGCCGGCGGCGGUGAAGCCCCGCCCCCGCUGCCGCCCAAGUCCCCCAGCUUCCAGGCCCAGCCGCCGAAGGCCGGCGCGCAGACCUUGCCCGCGCCGCCCGCCGCUCCCGGCGCCCCGGCGCUCCUGCAGAAGAAGAGGCACGGCCGCGGCCCAGGGACCAGUGGUGGAAAGCUAAAUCCACCCCCAGCACCCCCUGCGAGAUCACCCACCACAGAGCUUUCGAGCAAGAGCCAGCAGGCCCCAGCCUGGACCCCGACACAGCAGCCCGGAGGCCAGCUACGAAACGGAAGCCUGCACAUCCUCGAUGACUUUGAGUCCAAAUUCACGUUCCAUUCUGUGGAAGACUUCCCCCCUCCGGAUGAGUAUAAACCAUGCCAGAAGAUUUACCCCAGCAAGAUCCCCAGAAGCCGUACACCUGGCCCCUGGCUCCAGGCCGAGGCAGCCACGCAGAGCUCUGAUGACAUCAAAGGCAGAAAUUCUCAGUUAGCUCUGAAGACUCUCCGGUGAGAAGACAGAUGAAGCCAAGGCCCUGGGUUCCAGACUGCAGGACGGGCACCCCCAGGAGAACGUGUCAGACCCCCCCCCACCAUGCUCCAGCUGUAAUUCAGUUGACAUACAGGCUCUGACUAGAGCAUUCAUUUAUUGUAAAUACGUGGUUUGCACGGGCUUCGAAGCAGUAUUUUAGUCGACUUUUAUUUGAGUAAUAUUUUUAAAGACACCCACCAUUUUUCCAUUUUUUACAUCUUGGCACUCGUCUGUCAGUACAGAUAGAAGCCUGUCCCCGCCCCCCCAACCCCCAGGCCCAUUCCAUGACUGUGAAUAUGCUUGCGGGCUGGCCCUUUCUAGAUUCUGAACCGUUUUUAGAGAGUCCUUAGUUUGCAGGUAGUCCCAAAGUCUGAAGUAUCCACGACUUCUUAUUGGCAUGAUUUUAUAUUCUCAUCGCAGCAACUGCAAGAUCAAACCAGAUAAUGCCUUACAAAUGACGCAGCUCAGAGGAAGUAGUGUGUCCCCCCACCCAGACAAUGCCACGCAGCCUCCAGAGAACGAGAUGCCAGGUCUCGCUUCCGUUCUGCAGUACAGGGAUGUUUUUUCGCUGCCUAAUGUAAAUAUAUCACAAAGCAAAGGCUAGAGUGGGCGUGGCCCCUCCCAUGCCGACCGCAGGGCCCCUUUUGUCACUGAACAAUCCUACAAGUAGCCAAUGCUCUUACUGUUUACAGUGUCCCUAGUGCCCAGGUCUCCGUCACUUUCUUCCUGUCCCCUCCAAGUUCCCAGCCCCAUCCCGGUAGCCAGGGUAAGGUCAGCUUUAUGAGAUUUCGGUAUUUGUUUCCCCUGCAAGUUAAAAACAUGCACAACUCAUUAUUACGGUCAACUCCUAAUUCUAUCUCAGAGGUCUCCCCCGCUGCCCCCUCUUCCAGUGUGGGAUGUCCAUGGAAAACGGGACUUGAUGAAGUAUAGAAUGAAACGGCUCCUGAAAUGCCUGCCUCAAAAAUCUGUUGCCACGUCCCCACCUUUAGGAACCUUGGAACCACCCAUCAGGCAAAACUUGGUCCCCCUGAGCUAAAGGGGUCACCUGCCGACAGGUCCCGGCUCAUUCCCUCGUGGCAGCGUGUCUCUUCGGGGCAGACCUGUGCAGGCCCAGCCGCCCGAGCGUGGAAGGGUCAGGCUGGCUGGGACUGCCCCUCACACUCUUUUCUUGAGCCAGCAAGGGACUGGAGUGUGUUUUGGUUGUUUGCUGCCUGACCCCAAAUGCUCCCUGUCUUUGGUGGGGGAAGGCUGUGACAGAGGAAGGAG